AUGAAUACAACUCAAAGUUGUCAUAGGCAAGCUGCUUCAUCUAUAAUUGGGGACUGCUUGAAAGAGGAUUUUAGGUUUAUCUCUACUGAUCACUCCCUUCCUAGGGAUAUUGUUCAUAAGGCUCGUACUAAGCUUGGUGUUAAUAUUAGUUAUCAAAAAGCUUGGAGAGCAAAAGAACAUAUAUUAAGAUCAUUAAAUGGUGAUGCAGCUGAAUCAUAUAGCUUGAUUCCACAAUUUUUUGAAAGGUUGAAAGAAUUAAUUCAGCUAUCAAAAAUGGCGAUAAAAAAUGUCAAAAAAGCCAAUCUCUUGGAUCAUCACUCCCUCAAACACCUACUCGAUGAAUCUGUUUUUGAGAUUGUCACCAUUCGUGGCUAUGUUGAAGACGUGAGGUUGAGUAAUGUCAAAUUGAUUAUGGGCACUUUCAUCAUCAUCAUAGCUUUGGUGGCUCAAUUUUACAAGAAGAAAUGUGCCUCUCAUGUGAUCUUUAACUCUGGCAAGUAUGUAGUUUUUAAUGGGAUCUUGCAGUUUAUUGUUUACACAAAGGAGAAGAACGCAAUUUUGUUCACAUAUCCUCCUGCAGGUUCCUUCACCAGCACUGGAUUAGUAGUCUCUUCAAAGUUGCCCAGAUUCUCAGAUCUGUAUACACUGACCAUAUCUAGUUCAGAUCCCAAAUCAAUAUCUGCUAAUGAACCAGUUCAAUUUACCAAUAGUGUCACUCGUUGGUUUACUAAGGAUGGAGUUUUAGUUGAGGGGCUCUUCUGGAAAGAUGUCGAAGCACUGAUCGAUGAUUAUACUAGAGAACCAAAGAAGAGCAAGUGAUUUCUUAAACAAGCC